UCUGCUUUUUCAUUAUUAACCUCGUCUUUCCCAUGGGUUCACACAUGCCCAAAGUACUUGGAUCUGUAGUCCUGCUUUAGGUUCUAUGAGUUACAGUUAAAUUUCAGUACUACAACAGUAAAACAUAACUGGAUACACCAGUAGAGGUGAGCCCUUCUCAUAUGGAACCAACAGUAAGCAGUUCAAUGUUGUGUGUGACUGCACAACAGUUAUUGACUGCAGUUAUUGUAAAUACAAAGCUUAUCGUAGCAUAUCAAUUCAACACACACCUCUUAUAAUGGCUUGUCACAAUAGUAAAAUCUACAAAACAGCCUCACUUCCACUGCAUGCCAGUAGGUAUUUGCUGGGUGCAUUUCAAUUCUUUCCGAUGGAAGUUUUGAAAAAGAGAGACUCCCUGCAAAGCCAAGCUGGCUGCGGAGGCGGGGAUUUCGUUCCCUCUGCUCAUUGGACGCUGUGAUGAAGCGCCCCUUCGCUGUGCGGAAGGCUGCGAGGGAAGUCUCGCGAUAAGUGCCGCUUCAGGUUGCCAAGCGACAGUAAGAGAAGUUUACGGAGAAAAAGCAACUAAAAGCAUCGCACUAUUCGGUUUUCCACCAAAGUAAUGGCAAGCCAGCGGCCACUAUCUGGGAAGUUUAAAAUCCGUGGUACUUUUCCGGCUGGGACCGGGAGACCCCCUACUGCCAUCAGGCCUCCGCCAACUGCAGCCCGGAUUGGCACUGGGAUGGUUCCUGGGACUGGGCGUCCGGGGACCAGAGGAGGACCUAUACCCUCCCCGGGGGUCCUGUCUGCUCAGAUAAAAGUGACUGAGCGACCUGUCACUCAGCAGGGUCUGACUGGCAUGAAGACCGGGAUGAAGGGACCUCAGAGACAAAUCCUAGACAAAUCAUAUUACCUCGGAUUGCUCAGGAGUAAAAUAAGUGAACUUACUACAGAGUCCUGCAAACUGCAAAAGGAAAUUGAUGCAUUUAAUCAGGAGAACUCUGUCUACUUGUCCUAUGAAAAAAGAGCUGAAGGACUUGCUGGUGAAAUACAAGAUCUUCAGGGAGAGCUGGCAGAUUACAACAUGCUUGUGGACAAACUGAACACUAACACUGAGAUGGAGGAAAUAACGAAUGAUUUUAACACGCUCAAAGCAGAGAAUGACAAAGAGGCCCAGAGCAUGGAUAUUAUUUUCACAGAGAGACGCGGUAAAGAGGAGAUGAUCCGAACAGUGGAGGAGGAAAUCAAUAAGGAGAAACAGACAGCAGACAGCAUCGUGAAGAAGAUGCUUCCUGGUGACCAGGACAAGUAUGCUGGCAUGAGAGCAGCCAAUGAGGAGCUUCUUCAGGUGUUGGACAGUCACCAGCAGGAGCUCGAUGCGCUGAUCACUCAGAAGGAAGCACUGGAAGCAGAGAUCGCUCACUCGCAGGUGAAGCAGGAGGCCGUGUUACUGCACGAGAAGCUGCAGCAGCUGGAGCAUCGCAGGGACGCCAUGAUUUCUGAAGACAAGAGCCUGGGUUCCCCACAGGAGGAGCGGGAGCGGCUGCUCAGACAGGUCAAAGAGGACAAUCAGGAGAUGGCAAGCAUGGAUCGACAGUUGACUGAAAUGCGAGAGAAGAUCAGCCAGAUCAGUGAGGAGAUGCAGCACCUGCACGAUGACAUGGAGGAGCACCAAGGAGAACGCAAGCAGAAGUACGAGGAGCUGAGAAAAAGGGAGGAAAACAUGGACAAUUUCCUGGAAACCUUUGAGGAGACCAAAGCUCAGGAGGUGCAGCGCAGCAUGCAAGUACAGGCUGAGAUCGUGGCAUUGCUGGAACACUCAAGCAGGAACAUCAACCACAUGAAGCAAAUUUCCUCUGUCACGGCCACUGAACUGAAGUCUAUGCAGGAGGAUCUUAGCUUCAAAGAGACUGAGAUGCACAAGUCACAGAAUACGGCCAAAGGGCUGUCUUCAGAGAGCCGACGCCUGCAGCAAGACUUGCAGAAGGUGGAACAACUCGAGAGCAAAAUUAGCACGGAGCUGAGCAGCCUGAAGGAGCAGAUCCAGCGGAUGACCGAAGACCUCCAGACCUACAGCAACCUGGAGGCCCUAAAGACAGCCGGAGGGGAGAAGAAAAAGAGGCUGCAGGAGGAGAGGAUGCUCCUCACUCAGAGGAGGGAAGCCUUUAAGAAGGUUGUGCAGAAGAUGAAUGGAGAAUUAGAAGCACUGAAGGCUCGGCUGCUGGACAACGAGACGCACGCCCAGGUCGGUUUGUGGGAGGCGCUGCUGAGCGUCCUGGGAUUUGGCCAGCUUACCAACUUAGAGAGGAAAUGGCAGCAUCACGAACAGAACAACUUUGUCAUGAAGGAAUUUAUUGCUUCCAAGGGAAUGGAGAGUGACUAUCGGCCCAUUGUGAGGAGCGUGACCAAACAGCUGAGUGAACACAAUCAAGCGCUCAUCGACGCACUUCAGGGAAACAGGGGCUGAGGGCGCUCUGCUGUGGGAGUGGGCUUUGCAGGAGCCCCACCUUGAUGGAGGGAGGGGGGAGGAUGCACUACAGCUUUCAGAUACUGUGACAAACACAGGAUAUUUUAUUUUUGUAGUUCUCGAACUGUAUAUCAACAAAUAAAAAGGAACUAAGACGUCA